AGCAUCAAAUUUAUUUUUGGAAUUUGCUGUUUGUUCUUUUAAACUGUUAAAAAGCAAUUUCCCAAUAACAAAUUACGUGUGAAAUUUGGUGCGUACAAGAACUCGCCACGUGUAUCGCCAUCGUCAAAGGCUUCGCCUCCAGCUCUCAACUUCAGCAUACUCCGUUCGGAAGCAAGCUCGGUUAGGGAUUCAAUCCAAUCGGUGGCUUUCCUUCUUAGAUUGUCUUCUUUCCUUGAAAUUCAUCGUUCCAGGGCUUCACCAUUUUCAAUCUACACUAACAAAUUUUCCCGGAGAAAUAAGCGAAUUGAGAGCAAUCGGAAAUGGGUUUGGAUAAUCUUUCCAUUGACACUGCACUGAAAAUUGCUUCUUCCCUUCAGGUAUCGGACAUUUGUUCUUUGGGCUGUUGUUCGCGGUUUUGUAGGCAACUCUGCGAUUCCGAUUAUCUGUGGGAAUCUCUCGCGAGGGAAAGAUGGCCUUAUAUCAAUGGUUCUUCUUCGUCAACUCUCGCACAAUCCUCCAUUUCCAUGGGAUGGAAAAGCUUUUACAUUCAGAGACAUAUUGAGAUAUCGGGAAGAGCCCAAGCAGCGGUGAAGUUUGUAGAACAAUGCUCUCCCUCUACCCCAAUCGAGGGUGGAGACUAUCUCAGGACAAUUGGUGGCUUGUGGGAUUUGAAACUUAGCUUUGUUGAUGCUCAAAUGGUUCUUUUCAAACCUCAACUCAAUGAGCUGCUGAACUUGGUUGGCUUACACUACUGUAGAAUUUGGCUUCAAAUCCCUGCGAAUCAAAUCAUGGAAGCACUUCAAAGAUGCAAGAUAGCAGAGAGGCAUAUAUGUGUGAAAUGGUGGAAGCUGGGAAGAUGGUUUUAUGGAUUCCGUAUGAGAGACGAACAACAAACUCGUCGAGUCUCUUUGGCAGAACUCAUGACAGAAGAAGGGGAAGACGUUCUUGGGGUGCUUAGCCGAGGUGCUGUCCACGAGGUUCUUCGAGUUCAGGUUUCUGUAGGUGAUUCCUUUGCCGGUCACUGGUCUCGGCAAAGCACAUAAAAUGAAAACACCCUUAGCAUCAUCUUCCACGUAAGCAUUCUGCAACUGCAAUAAUCUAUAUGCAAAUAGUUAUUUCAUAAUGCAUUUCAAAUAAUUGCUUGUAGAUUAUUUAUGCAGAUAUCAAAAUGUAAAUAGACGUUGCUAUUCGGGUUUGAUUUAUACUAAGUUGUAGUUAUAUCUAUGCACAUCAUUAACUGGUGUAUCUUGUAAAUUAUUAAGACUCGAGAGCUUUUGGCUCAAAGUAUUGGGUUUCUGCCAAUCUUAUUCUUUAGUAUUGCUAUUUCUAGUUAUUAUACAAUAAUUAAUUAGGUU